AUGACAAUGGUCAAGACGUCUGGACAAGCUAUGGAGGAACAAGACCAUUAUUACGCUUCCAUCGAUUUUUCAAACGCCUGCCGUGAAUUUUACAUGGACAGACAACGAGUGACAGAAAAUUUCAAAGAGGAAAUGGGAAAACAAGAGAUUAAAAAGACAGAGGAGAAAAGUGACAAACCAAAAUGUUUUAUGGAUUCCGCCAUGGAUAAAUUAAGACGAGAAAUGGCUGGACUUAUGGACCAGGACCUAUCUCUAAUGAAACAGUUGUUGACUCUUAAUGAGACAAUAGAGGAAAUAAAAUUCAAACGACGUCACGGAGGUGCCAAGGAUUUAGGUGCCAGCUCAUGUGAAAUCAGUGAUGUCUCUACAGCAAACUUAUCUUCUUCUAUGUCAUUACCGGGCAUAGUCAUCUCCAAAUGUGAUUCGAACACCACCACAGACUUUUCCGCGCCCCAGUCACAGCACCCAGUGAACUCUAGUCUUUUACAUGCCAACUGGAAAUCAUGUGACUUGACUUCCCAAUAUGGACAGGUUUUCGCCAGUGAUUCUGGAUAUGAAGAAAUUUAUUCUACAGAAGAAUCUGGUUCAGAUGGUGAAACUACAGUAUGA